AUGACAGCAACAGCAUACCCAGUAACCAUGUCAGACCUCAGAGGAGAGCCUGCCCAUUCUAGUUUCUGGUCCACCUACAACGGAUCUGCUCAUCUUGCCAACAGACUCGGCACGACAACCAUGGACUCUGGCUUUCACAGUUCGGCGUCGGCAUCCCCUCUUCCAGGCCGUCCUCGCAGCGGCCAUGAUCAGUCCUACUCCUAUGGGCGGUAUUCCCAGGAAGACUCUAUUGCGUAUGAUCGCCACUCGCAACAGACCCUGCCCGCUCAGCAUGGCUACUCCAGUCUCAAGAGGCCCUUCUCGCAAACUGAACCGGCCGCAUACCAAGAAAUCGUCCAGGACUUGCGAGAUGAUGGCUCUCGUUUGACGGUAAAUCAGGAUCACAAACUGCUGGCUUUUAGGCGGACACAGGAUAAACAUACCAUCGUGGAUCAACAAGGCCGGGUGCAGCAACUGGAACUAUCGGCUCAGCUCCAUGGCAUGUUUUUCCUUUCCGAGAUGCCAUCGACCGCUAGCGAUGGAACUGCUCUACAGCCCGAAUUAACCUGCUACCGACGGAACCUGUUUCAAAUUAGCGGCUCUCUGAUCACCCCAAGAGGACAACUCUCUGUGGUAAACGAGAGUAAUGAAACCCUUCCAGUGUCUAACAUGGAGGUCGCCAUAUCUGCUAUUGAGUCUGUUGAUGGCAAUCCUGUUCGCCUCAUUGUCAUUCCAUGGAAGACUCCCCCACCCAACGCCCCCGAAAUCAACCAGACCCCGGAUCAAGAGCCUGCCGCUCUUCCCUUGAUCCCUUUCCAGGAUGAUGGUUCUGAGCCUGAAGGCGACUACGCAGUCUAUCCCAUCGGCUGGCGUCGACUGCAGUUUAGAAUUGCUACUGCAAACAACGGUCGACGGAAGGAGCUUCAGCAGCAUUUUGUGCUCCAUCUCAAAGUGUUUGGAACCUUGUCUGACAACACUAAGGCUCGUAAAGAGAUUCCUCUGCUUGGAUCGAGCGCUGGCUCAAGGGGCCAGGCUUUGGUGGAGACGGGUUUGGGCGUUGUCGCUGGCGCAUUAAGCGUGAAGCCUCAAGAGCUCAAGAGAAGCGUGGACAUUCAAGUGCCACGAUCGAGUUUUACCUUUAGCUCUCCCAAGGUCCCUGGGAGUGGGCAGCUGAGUUCAAUGAGAUCAAACCAAUACUCAACAUGGAGUGCCAGCAGCAGCAACACCUCCAUCUCCCAAGUCGCCUCAUCCGGUGCAGGGAACUACCCCACAGCGACGAUGGGUGCUGAUACGUAUUCCAAAGUGUCCAACUAUACUUCAGACCCUCAGGAACUACCACUUCAGUCCGCGAUACCACCCUUGCCCCUUUCGAUUGGGGCAAAUGAGCAGCCGUCAUCAGCUCGUGGGCAGUACACCUACGUACAACAGCCAACUUCAGGGUCUCAAUUGCCGGCUAGCACGACCACAUCAGCAGUGAGCGGCCAUGCAGAUAGCGCUCUGAGCAUUCCUAGAUAUGUCGACAACGGACGCCCAAACAAAAGCCCCCGACAGAGUGGACAACAAUCCGUCCACGCUACCAACUCUAUAAACAACAGCGAAUCGCCUGAGUACCGAUACGGAACAUCUACACAUGGUUCGACCUCUUCGAGGGAAUACUAUCCACCGUCACAGGCAUGGUCUACUUCGGCUGCGGGGGAAAACAGUUCGAGCACAGCUUAUGCCAGCGCUGACGCAAGGCCGUACUCUUUUCCCCACGAGCCUUACAAGGCGGGGACGGCAGCUGCAUCAUCGGUUAAGGCUGAGUCUCGUGGCUCCUUUGAACCCAUGCACAACUACUCAUGGAACGCAAACUAA